GACCGCGUAGAUCUCAACCCAGAGGAAGUGAGAUUUACCAACGUACACUUGCACAGCCUCACAGGCUGGCAUCCGUUACAUAAAGCUAAGGGAAAUGAUCGGAAGGAAAGGUAUCUGAAUUCAUAUAAAAACGUCACAUGGCCCAUGUUUUAUACUCCGGUACAGAAGGUGGCGGUAUGUACCUUUGAAGUCAUGGGUGCAAACCGCCGUUAAACCAAAAGAAGAGUAAGAGGAGGAACUUUCUCGAACAAAACAGGAGAAAGGGCGAUGCCUUUCACUCCUGGACGCUGUAUUCAGAAGCAUCAAGUUAUGUUACCCUGAGCAGACAUCACUGAAGAACAUCUUCCCUCCGAGCAGCAGGAGUGGAAGUCCAGAAUGGAGCAGGAGGAACAACGAACCCCCCACUUUGAAGAGGAAGAGCCACAGCCCUUCCACAUUAAAUAUGAACAAGAGGAGCCACAGCCGCUACAGAUUCAAGACAAAGAGGAGCCACAACCCCCCCACAUUAAAGAGGAAGAAGAGGAGCCACAGCCCCCUCACAUUAAAGAGGAAGAACCGCAAUCCCCUCAUUUUAAAGAGGAAGAGCCACAAUUACCCCACAUUAAAGAGGAAGAACCACAAUCCCCUCAUUUUAAAGAGGAAGAGCCACAGCCCCAUCACAUUAAAGAGGAAGAACCACAAUCCCCCCAUUUUAAAGAGCAAGAGGAGGAACCACUGCUCUCUCACAUUAAAGAGGAAGAACCACAUGCUGCCCAUUUUCAAGAGGAAGAGGAGUCGCCGCAGCCCCCCGAUAUUAGAGAGGAAGAGGAGGAUCACAGCAUCAGUCAGGAGAAGCUUGAAGUAAUGGAGGAGUUACCAGUUGUUGUUGUUGUUGUUGUGAGGAGUGAAGAUGAGGACGACGAAGGUCAGAAACAUUUUUCUUGCACGGUGUGUGGUAAAGGAUUCUAUGACAAAUGUGGUUUAAAAGUACACAAAAGAGUGCACACUGGAGAGAAACCUUUUUCCUGCUCAGUUUGCGCAAGAGGAUUCACCAAGAAGUCAAAUUUGAGAGCACACGCAAAAAUUCACACUGGAGAGAAACCUUUUGCUUGCUCGCUGUGUGGUAAAAGAUUCUCUCGAAGAAGUUGUUUAAAAAUACACACAAGCGUACACACUGGGGAGAAACCUUUUUCUUGCUCAGUUUGUGCUAGAGGAUUCACUAAGAAGUCCUAUUUGAGAGCACACACAAAAGUACACAGUGAAGAGAGAGAGAGCGAGCCUUUUUCUUGCACGGAAUGUGGUAAAGGAUUCUAUGACAAAUCUGGUUUAAAAAUACACACAAGAGUACACACCGGAGAGAAACCUUUUUCUUGCACUGUGUGUGGUAAAGGGUUCUAUGACAAAUGUGGUUUAAAAAUACACACAAGAGUACACACCGGAGAGAAACCUUUUCUUUGCACGGUGUGUGGUGAAAGCUUCUCUGUCAAAGAUAGUUUAAUAAUACACACACGUGUACACACUGGAGAGAAACCGUUUUCCUGCUCAAUUUGUGCUCGAGGGUUCACUAAGAAGUCAUAUUUGAGAACACACACACAGAUACACACGGGAGAGAAACCUUUUCCUUGCUCUUUGUGCGGUAAAAGAUUCUCUCAAAAACAUAGCUUAAAAAUACACACGAGACUACACACCGGAGAGAAACCAUUUUCCUGCUCAGUGUGUGCUAGAGGAUUCAUUAAGAAGUCAAAUUUAAGAGCGCACACAAAAAUACACACCGGAGAGAAACCCUUUACUUGCUCAGCGUGUGGUAAAAGAUUCUCUAGAAAAGAUAGUUUAAAAAUACACACCAGAGUACACACCGGAGAGAAACCUUUUUCUUGCACGGUGUGUGGUAAAGGAUUCUAUGACAGAUGUGGUUUAAAAAUACACACAAGAAUGCACACUGGAGAGAAACCUUUUUCCUGCUCAGUUUGUGCUAGAGGAUUCACUAAGAAGUCAAAUUUGAGAGCACACACCAAAACCCACACUGGAGAGAAACAUCUUCCUUGAACUGUGUGGUUAAAGCGUCUGUGUAGGCUCUCAGUCGUACAGGAGUUGUCCAUCGAGGAAAAGGCUUCUUGAGACGUCAUCUGUACUUCUGUGUAGAAGGUG